CAUUCGAGUAGAGACGUCGUGUUUUUGUUUUGUGCAUUGAACGUGUUUUUGUUACUUAUUUUUUCUCACUAAAUGCACUUUUUUACAUAAUUAAAAUUGUUACUUGUACAAAUUGCGAUUGGAAUAUAAUUCCAAGUUUCCAAAAAGCAAUAAUCGCUUCAUUGCAUGUGAAGCGUGUGACCAAAGUGAAAAGUACUGGAGCUCAAGCAUUUGAACUGAAUAAGCGAUUUUUAUUUGUUCAUAUUGAACCGCAAUGACAUUGAACAAUCAAAUGACAAUUUUUAUUCAAAAAAAAUUUUAAAACUAAAUUUAAGGUGUGCUAAAUAAAAACAAUUAAAUUUAGUCAAUUGAGAGUGGAGCAGUAAAUUGCGAAAGAAAUUGUAAAAUAAGUGCAAAAAUCGAAAUAAAACAACAAAAUAUACAACGCUUAACGAAGCGCACAUUUUUAUAAUAUCGAAAAAAGGAACAAGUUUGCGUGAGCUUGUGUAUGAGUUCAAUUGAGUUAAAUUGAAUUGACAGGAGGAGGACGUGUUAAAUAACAGUGCAGUGUGCCGGCGGCGGAAGUGCUCUUGAACUUGAUGUUUUUUUGUAUAAAAAAUACCUGCUGAUUUAGGUUGUGAGAGAAUUUGUUGAGAAAUCGUGAGAGCGGUAGAAAUAUAGUAAAGCGAAAAAGCAAAAAGCUUCCAAAAUUGCAUUGCUUGCUGUGUAAUAAGAAGGAAAACACUUCGUUAACAAGGAUAUUAAAAUUUGAGUGGUAAAAGGCCAAACAAAAGCAAUAAGUAUGGAUGCACUCGGAGAUUUGUUGGCACCCUAUAGUGAUUCAAUCGCAAAGGUUGCGGGAACGAUUACAACUUUACAAUUUCUCUCCGGUAUAUUUUUGCUAAACGAUAUUCGAAAAAGAGGGCGUAGUGACGGAUAUCCCCCCGAACCAUUUCUCGGUGGUGUCGUCCUUUCAGUUCUCACUUUGAAGAUGGGCACACUGAUGGGCGAUUCUGCCACUAUUAUGGUUAAUAUACUUGGCUUUGCCAUUAACGUAGUUUUUAUGACUGCGUUCUAUUGGUACUCUUCGAAUGAAUUCAAAAUGAAAAUAUGGUCGAAAAUUGGUAUUGCUGGAGCUUUUACAGUCGCCUGUUUAGCGUACGCUGCUUUUGAGGAUCCGAAGAAAAUUGAAUUCCGUUUUGGUAUGUUGAUCACUGGGAUACUAGUAUUUUUGGUUGGAUCGCCACUUUUGCAACUCAAUAAAAUAAUUGAAAAGAAGAGUACCGAGGGUAUGCCAUUCCCAAUUAUAUUGACCGGUACACUCGUGGCUGCGUCGUGGGCGUUGUACGCGAUUUCUAUACGCAACUUCAUGAUGGCCUAUCAAAAUCUGUUCUUAUUGGCAUUGAGCUCUAUACAGUUAUCGCUAUUCGCCAUUUACCCGAACACCUCAACAAUUUCGGAGUCUUCGGUAAAGCAUUCGCCAUCCACUUUGGAACACAAAAAAUCCAAAAUUCGUUCUACAACUAGCAUUGAUAGCAAGAAGAAAAAUUGAUUUGUGCGUCUACAUAACAGAGGCUGUGACCGUGCCUACACAUUAGGGUUGUUAACGUAAAGUUGAUAUUGAAAAUCUCUUCUUUAUACAUAACCAAAUUAAUUUACAAUAAUAAUAAUAUGCUUGUGCUUUCAACAAUCUAAUUGCUAUGGCACAUUCUCCUUAAUAUGCAUUCUUCCGAAUUUGCACAAAAA